CAUAAUAGCAUGUAAGAAUCUCGAUUUUUUUCGUAAAAAAAUCGGUUUUUUUUUUUUUUUCCGAUGAACACACGGUAUUUUUUCACACCGGAUUCAUUAUGCACUUCAGUUUCGAUUACGUCGAUUUUGCCGGCAGAAGAGAGAGCCGCUCCGAGUAAUUCGAAUCCAUUCUCUCAUCCUAGGCCGUCGUCUCGAAACAACUCGCCUUCGUUCUUGAUAAAGUUAGCCAUGAGAGUGUCGAGGUCGAGAUGGUACGUUUAUCUGAGAAGAGUCUUCCAUUACCAAAACGGGUCCGGGUCGGAUCUCGGCCCGAACCCUUUCGACUCCCGGAACUGGAUGCUGAUGGAACUCGUGUCUCUGUCCGUCCAGAUCAUCGCCACGUCGUACACUCUGAUUGUUUCCGGAGGGGAGCGACCCGUUUGGCCCAUGCGCAUAUGGGUCUCCGGUUACGCUUUCGGGUGCUUUCUCAGUCUCGUACUUCUUUCGUGGCGCUAUCGCCUUGUUUACCUAAUUGGUACUGAUAUUGAGCAGCAAAGAAACCAUGAAGAAUCAAGAAACAUGCAAUGCAUGUACAAAUUCAAGACAUGGCUGGAGCUGAUAUUCGCAAUAUGGUUCGUGAUGGGGAACGUUUGGGUGUUCGAUGCUCGUUUCGAUUCUUUCCGUCACGCUCCGAAGCUCCAUAUCUUGUGCAUCUCCCUCUUAGCAUGGAAUUCAGUGAGCUACUCUUUUCCAUUCAUACUGUUUGUGCUGCUGUGCUGUUGUGUGCCACUGCUUAGCAGCAUCCUAGGUUACAACAUGAACACCGGGUCCCACCAAAAGGGUGCGACCGAAGAACAGCUCGCCGGCUUGUCCAGCUGGAGGUACAAGGUUUUGGAGCUUGGAACUUCAGCCAAGAACCAUGAAUUUCCAGAGUGUUGUAUUUGUUUGGCAAAGUAUAGGGAAAAGGAAGAAAUAAGGGAGUUGCCAUGUAAUCAUAUUUUUCAUUUGAAUUGUGUGGAUCAGUGGCUCAAGAUUCUUUCAUGUUGUCCUCUUUGUAAGCAAGGGAUUGAGAAAUAGAAAUGCACUUGAUUUUUGUUAUUGUUA